GAGAGAGAGAGAGAGAGAAUGUCCUCCAAUUGCCAUCUUAUAAGGGAUUGAAAGAGUCUCCCUUGCUCUCCCAAAAUUUGUGACGAAUGUACAGAAGAGGAGUUACAGUGAAGGAGCUGUUUGGAAGAGAGAAGGAAAGGAGGAAAUGGAUCAGACCCACCGCCGGCGCCAGACCUCAUCUCCCGAUGGUCAUGUCACAAACAAGAACAAGAAGACGGUUCAUCAUGAGAACUGUGAAAAACCGAAACGAUACGCUCUAGUGUCGUUCUGGGAGGCUCCGGAGCACAUGAAGGACAACGAGUUCAUAAUGCAUUACUACAGAGCCAACUGGCCUCUCAAGGAAGCUCUCUUCAGCUUAUUUCGUUGGCAUAACGAAACCCUCAACGUUUGGACGCAUUUAAUCGGAUUUGUUUUGUUCUUGGGAUUGACUCUGGCGAAUUUGAUGGAAGUGCCUCAGGUUGCGGAUCUUCUUGGCUUCUUUACCAGGUCUAUACAUAUUAGUGCAGAAACAAAUGUUUCUCAUUAUUUCAAAGAUUUCAUUGCAGAUACUACAAAACUCAUAGAUUUGAAGCAUGCGACAUCUCGAGAAAGGGAUAUUACCAUGCAUGAGAUGGGCACAAGGUGGCCAUUCUUUGUCUUCUUGAGUGGCUCUAUGUUUUGCCUCCUCUCAAGCAGCAUUUGCCACCUCUUUUCAUGCCACUCUCACCCUUUAAGCCUCUUAUUAUUGCGAGUAGACUAUGUUGGAAUCACCAUCAUGAUCAUCACCUCCUUUUUCCCUCCAAUCUACUACAUGUUCCAGUGCGACCCUCACUGGCAAUUUGUCUACCUUGGUGGUAUCACAGCAAUGGGGAUCUUCACUAUUGCCACAAUGCUUUCACCCGCACUUUCAAGCGGCAAAUACCGGGGAUUUAGAGCCUUGUUAUUCUCAUCCAUGGGGUUGUUUGGAAUCAUCCCUGCAAUCCAUGCAGUUUUUGUGAACUGGGGCAAUCCCCAGCGCAACGCUACCCUAGCAUAUGAGGCAGCCAUGGCAGUAUCUUAUCUGACAGGAGUAUUGUUUUAUGUUAGCCGGGUUCCAGAGAGAUGGAAGCCAGGAUGGUUCGAUUUGGCAGGGCAUAGCCAUCAAAUAUUUCAUGUUCUGGUGGUCAUGGGUGCUUUAGCCCACUACGGUGCCUCGCUCCAUAUACUAGAUGCUCAACACACUAUAACCUGUGGAAGGACGAUUUAGUCUAUGUUUUGUGUUACCAGUAGGUUCAGUUUAUGCCUUGAAUAUUCAUUUAGAUAGAGACGCUAUUCAUUAAUUUUAUUUGUUGGAUUUAAGGUUUAGGUACUAUUGUAUAAGAGACUCCAUCCAAAAGAAAGAAAAACCUAGAAAAGACUCACAGAAGGAAAGUGUACCUGUGCCAUGUAAUUCCAUUAUGCCGAUUAGAGGAGAGGUGUAAAACUUGUUUUCUUUUAUUUGAUUAUUAAUUUGUUGAA